GACCCCAGACACUACAGCAGCGUCUAUCUGUUCGGAAAGCUCACGGAGAACAGGUCAAUGCAAGGCUGGAAACAAAUAAAGACUGAUAAUAAACCAACAUAUAUUAUGCCUUAUUUUUCUUUUUUGCUCUACUUAAAAAAUGCCUGAACUGAGAUGUCUAUCUAUUAUUUGGGACACUUUUAAAGCUGUCUGGAUUUGCGAGGGACAAGACAACUCCGCAAUGGGAACUUGGUUCGCGGAUGAAGGAAGCACUAGGACCAACUUAUAUUUCUAAUAUCCUUGGCAUUACUUUCCGAGUCAAUCACUUUGUAUUCAUAGUAAAUACAUUUAUUUUUGCGCGCGAGCUUCUUGUAGCAGUAAGCCAGUUGACAAGGGGAUAUAUGUGGAUACCUGAGAAGCGCCUCGCUGGCUACCUGACCUCUAUGCACGAAAACAAGAUAAGAGCUUAUGACACAACCUGGUCGUGGUCAUUAUUGUUUUCUUACACGGAAGAGUGAAUUUUUUCUAUACUGUGAGUUUCUCCAUUACAGGUACCUUUAUGACACAAUAAACUGCAAAUGAAAAAUUAUUGAUGUUUGAAAAUAUAAUAUGACUGUUAUUGGAGUGGACGUCCUGCGUGAAUCGGUAUGUCACGCUCCUUUUUAAAGGAGCACAACCCAGCGCAUUCGGUACUUAAUGACCAAUGUCUCUCCGCUCCAGUUUGUCUCUGUGACCCAGUCACACGUCUAGGAUGAGCACGGAUCUAGAGCGCAUGUCGCUCAACUCUUCGGCCAACUCCGUGGCCUCGAGUGCCCGCACGCUUUCAGCCAACGUAAAGAAACUGCACAACGCACUCAACCUGCUGCUCAACGACUUCGAGCGGGAGCAGUUCAUUCAUUGCCUCAACGUGUACCACUCCAAACGUAAUGUCUAUGACCUGGUCCAAACCCUAAAAGUAAUCCUCAAUGCUCCCAGCAAACGCCAACUUCUGCCGAUGCUACGGCUGGUCAUUCCCCGUUCUGAUCAGCUUUUAUUUGACCAGUACACCUCGGAGGGUCUUUACUUGAAAUCGGAUUUACUUGCUAGCAAUGGAAGCACGGAAGCGGUGGGCGAAGUUCCCAGUGGGAGUCCAGGGCAUUUCUCGCCAACUCCCCCCGGAUCUCAGGUUGCGCUGCGUGGCUCUCCGGAUAGUUUCAGCACCAGCAGUGAGGGGACAGCUCCUCUCGUCCCGCUGCUCGGGAGAGGGUUUCUGCAUGAGCCUCCAGGAGAGGUCCGACAAGUGACGCUAAAACGCCACAAGAGUAACGAGGGCUUGGGUUUCAGUAUCCGCGGCGGAUCGGAGCACGGGGUCGGGAUCUAUGUUUCUCUGGUGGAGCCUGGGUCCCUGGCAGAGAAGGAAGGACUAAGAAUUGGGGAUCAGAUUAUGAAAGUCAACAACACAAUGUUUGAUAAAGUUACACACGCUGAAGCAGUGAAGGUGUUAAAGGGAAGUAAGAAGCUCUCCUUGUCGGUCCGGUCGGUGGGGCGCAUCCCUGGGGGUUAUGUCACUAACCACGUGUACACCUGGGUGGACCCUCAGGGUCACAGCGUGUCCCCUCCCCCUGACCUCCCAGAGCAUCACAGUGCCAGCUUAAGACGCGCAGACAGCCAGCGGCGCAGCAACAUGCAGCUGCUGCAGGAGGGCGAUGAGAAGAAGGUGAACCUGGUGUUGGACGAUGGUCGGUCCCUGGGUCUCAUGAUCCGUGGCGGUGCAGAGUAUGCCCUGGGUAUCUACAUCACCGGUGUGGACCGGGGCUCUGCUGCAGAAUGUGGUGGACUUAAGGUGGGCGACCAGAUCCUGGAGGUCAACGGGUGCAGCUUCUUGGGCGUCCCGCACGACGAGGCGGUGCGCGUGCUCAAGUCGUCGCGCCACCUGAUGAUGACGGUGAAGGACGUGGGCCGGCUGCCGCAUGCCAGGACGGUGGUAGGAGAGACCAAGUGGAUCACCAGCUCUCAGAUCGCAGAGAGCUCCGCUGGUGGCAGUGUGGCCGGCUUCUCCAUGGACCAGGGAGCCUCUGCUUCAGGAAAGCCAGUGUUCUAUAAGGGCAUGGCGGGUUCCCAGGUGACCCUGUCCAGCCUAGUGAACCAGAGCCGAGCCAUGCUGGAGGAGCAGGCGCGCCACCUGCUGACGGAGACAGAGAGGCAGACCAUGGGCUACUAUGUGGAGGAGUACCGGGAGGGACACAUAGGAGUGGAGCCGCUAGUUAUGGCCCUUUUUGAGCUGCUCAACACACAUGCCAAGUUCUCCCUACUUUCAGAGGUGCGUGGCCUGGUAACUCCCCAGGAUCUAGAGCGUUUCGAUGGGAUGGUGCUGCGCCGCGAGAUCCAGGCUUUGAAGGCCCGGCAGGGUGGAGCCGGUGCGGCUGCCCUGCACCCAGACUCCCUCUCUGUGGUGUCCUACCCAGAUACCAUGGCCUCCUCCUCAGCCAGCUACAUGACCUCCACCACUCUCAGCUCAGCGCGGAAUGACGGUACGGUUGAGAGCAAUGGGGAGGAGUCCCAGGGGAGUUUGGAUGCACUGCCUGACGUCUCUCUGGAUGAGGUGCACUCAACGUCCGAAUCUCCCCCCACCUUCAAACCCCCGCCUCCUCCGGGGGUGCAGAGGAGCCCAAGCAGACGGGAUCAGGUCAAAAAACGCACAUCCUCCGAAUCCUCAAAUUCUGGGCUAUACUUCACCGCCCCUUCCCGUAACCCCCCUAUAGAACCCUCUUCACCCAAGGUCAUCCCUAAAAAGGAUCCCUCUGCUCCCCUAAAGAGGGAUCCCUCUGCCCUCAGGAAGGAAAUGGCCACCACCCAACUCUCCAAGGUCAGCCAGCACCCCAUAGGCCCCUUCCCAAGAGUCCAGUCCCCCACUAGGACCAAGCCAGUCGCCCCCUCCCCACCGCCUCCGCCUCCACUCCCUGCCCCAUCCGCACCCCCUCCCCAGCGCCCAGACAAGGCCUCCCCCGGCUCCAACAAGCAGCGAUUUGUCAUGGUUGAGGUGCACAGGCCCAAUGGCGAGUCGGACGUCAACGAGGUGCGGUCCCUUCCCCGCACGCGAGGUGCCACCCUGUCCCGGCUGUCCGAUGGUGGCCAGACGCUGAGCGAGGACAGCGGGGUGGACAUUGGUGAGUCGGGACGUCUCGGCAAGGAGAGCAGUCCUCGUCCCACCCACACGCGGCCCCAACGAGGGACAGGAGGGGACGCCCCCACCAAACCGCCAGGUCUCUUGGAGCCCACCUCCAUACUGGUGAGGGUGGCAAAGAGUGCCAGCACCCUGGGCAUUGCCAUUGAAGGGGGUGCCAACACUCGUCAGCCUCUGCCACGCAUUGUCACCAUACAGAGGGGCGGUUCGGCGCAUAAUUGCGGACAACUACGAGUUGGUCAAGUGAUCCUGGAAGUGAAUGGGGUUUCCCUCAGGGGCCGGGAGCACAGGGAGGCUGCACGUCUCAUUGCUGAGGCUUUCAAGAACAAAGACAAGGACCAUGUGGACUUCCUAGUCACUGACUUCAACGUGGCACUCUAGAAAGAAGGAGAGGAGGAGAAGCAGGGAAACGUGUCAUGGAGGACGGAGAGAUGUGGGACAGGAGCAGGAGAAGAGGAGAGAUGUGGGACAGGAGCAGGAGAAGAGGAGAAGUGGGACAGGAGCAGGAGAAGUGGGACAGGAGCAGGAGAAGAGGAGAGAUGUGGGACAGGAGCAGGAGAAGAGGAGACGUGGGACAGGAGCAGGAGAAGACGAGACGUGGGACAGGAGCAGGAGAAGAGGAGAGUUGUGGGACAAUAUGGCAUACAUACUGUGCAUGGGUUAAUCCAGCCCUUCAACUGGUCCCUCUGCCUCACCAUGCUAAUCAACCUCUUGCUUUUGUCCCUAAAACAAGACAGGAUGCCGCGAGGUGUCUCCUUGUGACCUUGUUUUUUAGAAAACUCCCCUCGGCAGUCACCUCUCUUUUUCUGCCAAUUUCUGACUUUAUCGCAAUGAAGCCAUCCGCACUCGAGAUCUAGCAGAAGAUAUGCUUCUCCCUAGUCAGUGCUGCAGUCAGUAUUUGGCA